AUGAAAGCUCUGGCACGAUCCUACGUUUAUUGGCCUGGAAUCGAUUCGGACAUCGAGAGAACUGCGAAGCCAUGUCCGGAAUGCACCCGUCAUGCAGCGGCACCACCGAAGUUCAGCGGCCACCAUUGGGAAUAUCUGAACGGUCCAUGGGCACGUAUCCACGUUGAUUACGCUGGCCCCGUAGCAGGUUCAAUGCUUCUAAUAAUUGUCGACGCAUUCAGCAAAUGGUUCGAAGUUAAAAUCACCUCUUCCACAACAGCAACUGCCACUAUCAAGAUUCUUGACGGACUCUUUGCGGCGUAUGGAGCACCUGUAACACUUGUGUCGGACAACGCUCCGCAGUUUACUGCAGUGGAGUUCAAGGCGUUCCUAGAGAAGAGUGAAGUUAAGAACCACAAACUUUCAGCUCCCUACCAUCCGGCAACAAAUGGUCAGGCCCUAGGCGAGUAA